AUUCCUACGCCGCUGAGAAAGCUAGAGCCUUCUGGUCCCCAAGCUGCCUUUCGGUGCAUCCCACUGCUCUUGGACUCCUGCAAGACCGCAACCGCCGAGCCAUCUCACGCCUGGGUCCGUCUGGGAGCUGCCUCCGGGUGGGCGGGGCGGAGCUUCGCGCGCGCGCCGUCUUCUGGGAAGAGCUUUACAACAGUGGACGUCAUUUUACGACAGGCUGAGGUUGCUUUGUGGCUGCUAACUUUCUCCGCGGUCUGAGCUGCAUUGUAGUGCAUCUGCUACGACGGCGCAGCCAUGAGGCAGAAGAGGAAAGGGGAUCUCAGCCCUGCUGAGCUGAUGAUGCUGACUAUAGGAGAUGUUAUUAAACAACUUAUCGAAGCCCAUGAACAGGGGAAAGACAUCGACUUAAAUAAGUUGAAAACUAAGACAGCUGCCAAACACGGCCUUUCAGCACAGCCCCGCCUGGUGGAUAUCAUCGCCGCUGUCCCUCCUCAGUAUCGAAAGAUCUUGGUCCCCAAGUUAAAGGCAAAACCCAUCAGGACUGCCAGUGGGAUUGCUGUUGUGGCUGUGAUGUGCAAGCCCCACAGAUGUCCACAUAUCAGUUUCACCGGAAAUAUAUGCGUAUACUGCCCUGGGGGACCGGAUUCAGAUUUCGAGUAUUCAACCCAGUCUUACACUGGCUAUGAGCCAACCUCCAUGAGAGCUAUCCGUGCUAGAUAUGACCCUUAUCUACAGACAAGACACCGAAUAGAACAGUUAAAACAGCUUGGUCACAGCGUGGAUAAAGUGGAGUUUAUUGUGAUGGGUGGAACAUUUAUGGCCCUUCCUGAAGAAUACAGAGACUAUUUUAUUCGCAGUUUACACGAUGCCUUAUCAGGACAUACUUCCAACAAUGUUUACGAGGCAGUCAAGUAUUCUGAGAGGAGCCUCACAAAGUGCAUUGGAAUCACUAUUGAAACCAGACCAGAUUAUUGCAUGAAGCGCCACUUGAGUGACAUGCUGACCUAUGGCUGCACGAGGCUGGAGAUUGGGGUGCAGAGCGUCUACGAGGAUGUGGCCAGAGACACCAACAGGGGCCACACUGUGAAGGCAGUAUGUGAGUCAUUCCACCUGGCCAAAGAUUCCGGCUUCAAAGUUGUUGCUCAUAUGAUGCCUGAUUUACCAAAUGUGGGACUAGAAAGAGACAUUGAACAGUUCAUAGAGUUUUUUGAGAAUCCUGCUUUUCGUCCUGAUGGGUUGAAACUCUACCCUACCCUGGUGAUUCGUGGAACUGGGCUGUAUGAACUUUGGAAGUCAGGAAGAUAUAAGAGUUACUCUCCUAGUGACCUGAUUGAACUGGUGGCUCGGAUCUUAGCCCUUGUGCCUCCAUGGACUAGAGUAUACCGAGUACAGAGAGACAUCCCGAUGCCUUUAGUCAGCUCAGGAGUAGAGCAUGGCAACUUGAGAGAGCUGGCAUUUGCAAGAAUGAAAGACCUUGGAAUACAGUGUCGAGAUGUGAGAACCAGAGAGGUUGGAAUCCAAGAAAUUCAUCACAAAGUACGGCCAUACCAGGUUGAAUUGGUAAGGAGAGAUUAUGUUGCAAAUGGUGGCUGGGAAACAUUCUUGUCCUAUGAAGAUCCUGAUCAAGACAUCCUGAUCGGCCUCCUGCGCUUACGGAAGUGUUCUGAGGAAACCUUCCGCUUCGAGUUGGGUGGAGGUGUUUCCAUAGUCCGAGAACUGCAUGUGUAUGGAAGUGUGGUCCCUGUGAGCAGCCGGGAUCCUACGAAAUUCCAGCAUCAGGGAUUUGGCAUGCUGCUGAUGGAGGAAGCAGAAAGAAUAGCUCGAGAAGAACAUGGAUCUGGGAAAAUCGCUGUUAUAUCAGGGGUUGGCACCAGGAAUUAUUACAGAAAGAUUGGCUACAGAUUGCAAGGCCCAUACAUGGUAAAGAUGCUAAAAUAACAGCCAUACCAGUCUACUUUUGUGCACUGCCCUUCCUGGCAGAAAACCGAGCAUCAAGCUUUCUUGAGUACUCAGCAGAGAGGCUGAAUAAAGCAGCUGGACCUACACUGUCCCCUGGACACCCUGCGGCUACAGAGACUGGAAACUUUCAAAUCCAGGGCUAGACUUCUACUGACCCAGCACUGGAGCUGCCCUUUCCUAUGUGUACCCAGAAAGUCACUUCAGUUUCUGAGGUUUAAAACAUUUAACCAGUUACUGCAUUCUGCAUGAGGGCUGCAGGUGAUCUGUUUUGCUCAGACACAAUGACGAAAGCAAAGCAACUCAACUAGACUGUGAAAUAGGACUUGAGUGUUUUUCAUGGGGCUGUCUCAGGAGGAAGCUCUUUAUGUACCUUGGGGACAAUAGUCAGGUUAGAACAUAUGAAGACUGUCAGAGUUGGAUCUCUUGUCUUAACCACGUAUGCAUUUGCCUACAAGUUACGCAGAUGAGAUUUUGUUAUAAUGAAAAUGAUUCUGGUUACUGCUGUCUUGAAAUAGUGCUCUGAUGGAAAAAGAGGAGUGAAGGCUGCAGUUGUGUUGAGAUCCAUGGCAGCCAUCACCAGCCCAGCCAGAGUCUUCCCCAAGCCAGGCCAUCACAGAAGCUUUUAUCUCACAUUUGUGACUGUCUGUACUUCCCACACCCUUGGUUUGGUGAUUGCAGAGCAGUGGAGGUGGCCAUAGUGAUGCCAGAAGGCAUCUGGCCACCCCAUCUGUCUUCUGAGCAGGCAGAGUCCAACAUGCAUGGCCUCUGUGGCCCUGGUCAAGACGCCUCCUCCACAGAAGCUAUCUCCUGCAUGCUGGUUGUUGAAGGUGCAUGUUGGUUUGUGUUAAGUGGAGACAGGUAAGACUUCAAGUCAUGUGAAAGCAAAAAGAAGUGGAAAGCAGGCCCAAAUCCAAAAGUAGGAAAAACAUUGAUAUUUUACCAAAGGUUCACCUUGUAGAUCUGCCUCUAUAAAGUUCCAGCUCCUCUGCAGAGGAGACUUCGCCUGCAGGGGAUCAGCGCCCCAGUGAGAGCAUGGCUUCAUCCCGGCCCCUCGGCUUCUGUCUUAGUUACAAAGGUUUGCCUAAUGGAAGCCAUUCCCCUAAAAGGUCUGGAAAUAAAAAGUCUUUAACAUACAAAGAAGGGUUGUGGUGUGGGUUUUUUCCUCUCCCUGUGAAUGGAGUGGUAUUUGUCAUAAAUAUGCAGGUUUCAGUUUCCAACCCAUGGCACUGCUC